AUGGUUGUCAGCAACGACAGUUCUUUGUCAGGCGAGGAGCGCGAAGCUCUCGAGGUGAUGCCGGCUCCCGAGGUGACACCUACGCCUACACCAGUGACUCCACUACCCCCUCCUGCGUCUAUGGAAACCAUCCUGGCACGCCUCGCCCUGCAAGAAGCGGCGCAGAAGGCGGCGGUCGACCAAAUCACAGCGAUAGCAAAAAUACUCGCCCCUAUCGCCGCAAACGCCGAAGCUUCAACGGCGCAGUACCGUCGACACCUGUUCGCCACAGAACGAACCACCAACGUAGCACCUACGCGGGGCAACGACAACCAAAGCGCCGGUAACGACAUCAAUGCACACACCGCAAGCGAACUAGCAGCGUUGAAACAGUCGGUCCUUGACAUCAACUCGAAGAUCCACCAGGUGACGACCUCGGCGCCCCAAAUCGAGCACGUACUCGCGGAAUCUCUUCGUACACCCUUCACGCAAAGGGUCACCGGCGUACGGCUCCAGAAGAUGGAGAAACUUCGUCUUCCAACCUUCAAAGGUCUCUCCGACCCUUCUACUCAUGUCACGUCCUUCAACAUAGCGAUGCGACGCGCAAAUCUGACCGACGAAGACAAAGGCGCCGGCUUUUGCCAACUCUUCGUCGAAACCCUAGAAGGACCGGCCCUUACUUGGUUCACAGGCCUCAGAGAAAACUCCGUCGAUUGUUUCCACGACCUCUCAACGGCUUUCCUGAAGAACUAUAUCAUGUUCACUAACCAAGAAACGACCGUGUCGGAUUUGUGGAACCUCACUCACACCAGCGGCCAAAGCCUCCGCGACUUCAUGGAGAAGUUCAAGGCUAUCGUCUCGAAAGUUGAUAUUCCUGACCCUAUCGCUGUCGAGUCUCUGAUGAACACUUUGCACGUUGACUCCACGUUCCGUCAGGAUCUUUACCGAUACCCGACGAAAUCUGUGUCCGACGCCAUCGCUCGCUCGAACAACUUCAUCCGCAUGGAAGAAGACACAAGAGCAAAGUUCGCAAAAGAAGCAGCAGCGAAACAGCGACCCGCCCGAACAAACGACACCCGCCCUGAGCCCCGCCAGCACUCCUCCGGUGGGAAUACCACUCAGAAGCGAGGCUACGUUAGCUCGGUCGGCGACGAGGAAUCGCCAAAAACAGCAGCCGUCACGCGAGAGAAAGCCUGGAACCACUGGGAUCGAGACUCCGCCUCGAAGCAAUCAAAGUCGUCCGAACCAGCGAGUUCAAACUCCGAGGAGCCAAAGAAAUGA